UGACUCUAAGGAUAAGUUUUUUUCCUGCUUCUAUCACAGGGGAAUCUUACUUCAUCCAGACUUCACAGGCAAGCCCACACCUUCCAGUCCUAGGAUGGGGACAUUGUGGCUGGGAAGGAGGCAGAGAAGACUGAGGUCCAAGGCCCAGCUUCCGUGGCAGUGGGAGGGAGGCGCAUAUGGGCACUAUCCCACCUUGCUUCUUCUGCCCAAAUGUCCCCCAUUCCUCUGUAGGAGUGGGCCCAAUCGCAGCUAGAUUGGAGCAUUUAUUAUUCUCCAUCAUGAGGAGGCUCGAGCUUAUUUUUCUUAAAUCUUGAUUAAACAGCCAUAGAGUCAGGCUAAGAAGGGAUUGUCACUUGGCUAUGAAGGUCCAGCUUAGAAGUUGUCCUGAGUUCAGGAAGCCCUUGCAGGCUGCUUUGUAACCAACUGAGUUCCCACUCUUAGUCACCAACCUCAGCCCUCUACCAUUUUCCCUAGUGUCUUAUAUCAUCUUCAGUGGGCAGAGCUGGCCCACAAAAAGGAGUCCAAAGAGCAGUUUCAGAGGAGGCUCAGCCUGGCCCUUUCAUCAUCAGAUUUUGUUCCACAUCCUGACCCACUCCUGGCCCCAGGUCCAAAGGUGGUCACCCUUUACUGCCUGGCAUCCACAUGCAUAUAGAAACAUCAAAAAUGCAGCUCAGUCUUCUAGCCUGGCUUCAAUGCUUAUUUUCCUUAGAUGAGAGCCGGAGAUGUACACUCUCUCUCACACCCAAGCUUUGUACAGCAGUAAAGCUGGUGAUCCACACAUGAGAUGUGCGAGAGAUCGUAGAGAUGCUGAGAAGGGUAGUGAGCAUCUGCAGAGGGGAUGCUGGCUGAUAGUUGUAAGCUGCUUGCUAAGUCCUCAGGAGGACUCGAACACCCCUCCCUCCUUAUAAAACUAAACCAGAAUCAAGUCUUGGGAAACAGUUAAUUUAAAAAAGAACUGCCAGCUUCUGAAGAGACUUGGGAAAGGAGCAAGGGCCCUUCUCUUCCUGAUGGUCUCUGAUCACCUCAAAUAUCAGGAGAGUUUGAGGACACUAAAUUGAAGGAGGACCGAUUUCUUCCCUAUACCCACUUUCUGAGACAACCUUGAUUCCUAAGAAAGUGUAGCCCAGGAUAUUAGUAAGUCUUUGCUGGGUAGGAGGUGGGGGUGGAGUGAGGGUUGCAAGAAGGUUAGGAACCAGAUAAACCUAGGCUGGGGGAUGCCCCUCAUGACUCCUCUCCAUAUCUCCAAGUGAGGAGAGGACUAGUCCCUUUCACCAGUGCCCCUUCCUGUGCCAGGAGUAAGCAGUGCAUACAAGAACCAUACGAAAUGUCUUAGGCAGCAGCAGCCAUAGCCUUCAAAAAAGCUCCUAGCCUAGCUGAAGAGCCAGAGGGAGAAGCUUGAGCUCAGACCCUCCUCCCAUUCCCCAGCCAUCCAGGGUCUUCUGGGCAGCAGGCUUUGGCCUGCUGCUCAGACCAUAAGAGUUGCAGAGAAGUAGGAAUAAUAACAACCCCGGGCUUGGAAGAGAUAGAGUAGAUCUGAGAAACAAAAAGAACAGAACGGUUUUCAAAACCUGGAGAAAAGAUAAUUUCUUCUUCACCUGUCUUUUCCUGGAAAUGAUGCUAAUUAGUGGAGAACUCUUCUCCCCUUGGACCAACACAAAAUCCUAGAAACAAACCUUCUUCUUUAGUUCUCUCCUAGCCCGAUUGAGAUUCGAGAUUCAGGGACUGUUACCCUUCCUUUGAGGGAAUGGGGCUCAAGCAACGCAGGGGUUAACUUUUCUGAAACACAAUUAACUUUUUCCUAUCCUGCGUGGGGAGGGGAGGGAUAUAUUUAUUUAAUCACUAGGGGAUGGGGUGGUCUCAAUCCAAAGCUCCCUCCUCCCUCAAAGGCACAGACGCCUCUUUCGCAGAUCCUACGUAGGUGGAACAGGACGUGUCGUGUUGUUGGGGGGAGAGAGAGAGAAAGGAGAAAGAGAAGAAGGAGAAAAAAAAAGGUUGAUAGGUUUGUGCGCGGGUCCCUCGUGCGGUCUGCGCUCCUCCUGGGUGCUAUUUGACAAUUCCUGCCUCUGCCAUUGGUCAGUGUUGGAUCAGAUGGUUGUAUUUCCUUCUGGCCCUCACUGGCACCUCGCCAUCCCCCCUCAGCUAAAACCCAAUCUCAGAUAUACUACUAAUAGGCGCGGCGCUCGGACUAUAAAACACAACAAAUCAUAAACCCGGCGGAGCAGCAGCGGCCGUGCGCGCCUCCCUCCCAAUGAGUUCCUAUUUCGUGAACUCCACCUUCCCCGUCACUCUGGCCAGCGGGCAGGAGUCCUUCCUGGGCCAGCUACCGCUCUACUCGUCGGGCUAUGCGGACCCGUUGAGGCACUACCCCGCGCCCUAUGGGCCCGGGCCGGGCCAGGACAAGGGCUUUGCCGCUUCCUCCUAUUACCCGCCGGCGGGCGGCGGCUACGGCCGAGCGGCGCCCUGCGACUAUGGCCCGGCGCCGGCCUUCUACCGCGAGAAGGAGUCGGCCUGCGCGCUCUCGGGCGCCGACGAGCCGCCCCCCUUCCACCCGGAGCCGCGGAAGUCCGACUGUGCGCAGGACAAGAGCGUGUUCGGCGAGCCCGAGGAACAGAAGUGCUCCACGCCGGUUUACCCGUGGAUGCAGCGGAUGAAUUCGUGCAACAGUUCCUCCUUUGGGCCCAGCGGCCGCCGCGGCCGCCAGACCUACACGCGCUACCAGACCCUGGAACUGGAGAAGGAGUUUCACUACAAUCGCUACCUGACCCGGCGGCGGCGCAUCGAGAUCGCGCACGCCCUGUGCCUGACCGAGCGGCAGAUAAAGAUCUGGUUCCAGAACCGGCGCAUGAAGUGGAAAAAGGAGAGCAAACUGCUCAGCGCGUCUCAGCUCAGUGCGGAGGAGGAGGAAGAAAAACCAGCCGAGUGAAGGGGCCGGAAAGGGAGAAAGAGGGACGCGAAUGAGAGGCCCGUGGGGAGCCGAGGGCUGCAGAGAGCCCUGUGAAGGCUCUGCGGGCGGGGGGAGCCCAGGAACCUGCUCUCCAGCACACGACAGGCGGGGCCCAGCGCUCUCCUGGACGCCCCCACCCGCAGAGCUCUCGCUGGGUUGUGGGAGGCCGGGCCGCCUGAGCCCAGCCAGCACCCCGCGCGCCCCCUCCAUCCCCGCGGAACCCGCCUCAGCCCGAUCAGACUUCCCCUGUGAGAACUGAGGACCGGACUCACUUGAUGUUUUUUGGAAGCAGAGCAAAAUACUCUUGUUCGUGUCGCGUCUCUUUUCGUCCCUGUUCCCUGUGCACGGUUCAAUGGUAGCUUCGCAGUUCCCUCAGCGGGGACCUCGAAGACUUCCUGACCCCAGACCGCUCUCCUCCCCCCUCCCCAAAGCCACUGGAAGGAGCACAUACUACCUAGAAGUAAGAAGAAGAGCCUCAGAAAAAACAAAGUUCUAUUUUAUUAAUUUUCUAUGUGUUGUGUUUGUAGUCUUGUCUUAGCUCUGGACGUGAAAUACUUCGGUAAUAAUAUUAAUAUUAUUAAUAAUGAUAAUAAUAAUAAAGACAUAAAAACUCA